AUGCUUCGCCGGCGGUUUGUGAACAUCAUUGCUUUUGAAAACAUCGCCUGCACAGCAGCAGUGGUCGAGCCUGGCUUGGGUAUGGAGCGGGCUUCGAUGGAGCAGGGAGUGAAGGCAAUGGACGACGCCUACCGCGUGUUCCCACCGGUCUUUAUGAGACGUAAAAUCUCAUGGGAUAGGCAACAGCAAUACCGUAUGAUAUCUGCAAGACACUGGGCGUCAAAUCUGACCAAGGGUGAGUCGACCGUAGCCGUUAGUGCACAGCUAUAUACCCUUGGCAAUGGUAUGAUGGCAGAGAAAGACGGCGACGUCACCCUCGAGGCUAUUCCCGCGGUGGAUGCACUUCUUGAGCUGAAGGCAAUGUUCUUCGAAUCGUUUAGUGGUUUAUUGAAGGCAGGCAAUCAAGCCGAGGUGGUCAUUCUACGACCGCAUGAGGAGAUUAACUCGUCGUUGCUUCUGAAAGAAGCUUUCCUGGAGGAACUAAGAGGUUGCUGA